AGGACCAGCUGAGCAGACCUGUUGCUUCGCCUCCUGCGCGCAGAAACCCGCCCCCUUGCGCAAUCGGAUCUCGGGAUGCUCAGAGCAGGAGCUUUCCAACCUCGCCGGGCUCCGGAGGGCUAUUUUUAGCGAGCUCAUUCCAUUUAUAUCCGCGGCAAACAAAGGCAUCGACCUUAAGACGCUCCACGGCUUGGAUAACCCCGACCCCCUGCAGUCCUCUCGCCUGCCGCUGCCUCUCCAAAGCCACGCGCAAAAUCGUUUCUCUCCCGGACGUUUGGGGACGCGGACGGGUCCAGCGCGCGUUGCGCCUUCAUCCCGUUUCCUCCUCCUUAGGAUCUUCGGCUUUCUGGAGGAAAAAAAAGCCCAUUCGGGAGCUCAGGAAAGUAGGGUAUAUUCCACCCCCCCCUCUCCAUUUGGCUCCUCGCUGCUGAUUUCCCUCUGAAGCAGAAACAUUCGCUCCAUCCAAACUUUAGAGACGGUGCGCGCGGCGGAUCGCCUUAGAAAUCCAGAUUCCCACUAGCACGUGGCUUCCCUCCCUCCGGGGGCCCCUCAAUUUCGGAGAUCGGCAAGCGGGGAAAAAGGAUCCCCAACCAACCACCACUCCCGGAUCCUCGUCGCGCCGGUGAGAAAGAAUGGUGGACAUUUUCACUGGGCAUUUCCUGGUGAACCGGGACGGCCAAGCCGUGGAUCCCGAGCAAGCGCUGCAGAACAAGAUCGUGGGCUUGUACUUCUCGGCCGCCUGGUGCUCCCUGUGCCGGGAUUUCACGCCGAUCCUGUGCGACUUCUACAGCGAGUUGGUGGAGGACGCGCCCUCGCCGGCGCCCUUCGAGAUCGUGUUCGUCUCGUCGGACCGCAGCCGCGAAGAGAUGGUGGAUUACAUGCAGAACAUGCACGGGGAAUGGCUGGCGGUGCCUUUCCAAGACACCUUUAAGCAUGAGCUGAAGAAGAGAUACAACAUCACAGCCAUUCCUAAACUUGUGAUUGUUAAACAAACUGGAGAAGUCAUCACCGAUAAAGGAAGGAAACAGAUAAGGGAACGGGGACUCAACUGCUUCCGAAACUGGCUGGAAGGGGCAGACAUCUUUCAGAAUUUCUGCAGCUGAACCAGUGGUGGGAAUUUCAGACAAAGAUAGCUUAGCUAAAUCCUUUGUGUAAUCGGAAUUGCCACCUUCACAACUAGGCCAAGCAGAGAAAUGGCUUUUUCUUCGGAUGGUAUCUAACCAAGUCAUACCCAAGGCAGACCCAUUGAAAUGAAUGGACAGGACUAACUGUGGUCCAGUGCUUUCAAUGGAUCUACUCUGAGUACAACUUAGUUGGAUACCCUCCUUUGUUUGAAUGUCGCUUUGCUUUAUUUAAAAUUCUGUGUGACUGGAAGAAUUAAGCAUAGCUGGGUCCAAUGUACUCUUCCAUCUGUUUUGUAUUAUUUAUGCUUUUGUUACAUAGAAUAUAACCAAAGCUGAAGAAUUUGGUAAAGGCUAGCAUUAUCUAGGAAAGAGGAUUUUCGCAGUUAGAAAGAGUGCCCUCUCCAAUCUAUGCAAGCCUGUUAUUUUUACAAAGGUAAAAAACUCUACAGGGAAAACUAUAUUUCUUGGCAAGAAGACUUUUUUGGGGUAUUGGUUUAUAAUUUAUAUUACUAAAAUAAGAGAGUAUUUGCUUUAAUAAAUCCAUUUAUAGCUUA